AUGCCACUUGCCCGGUCGAAUGACCCGCUGGUCUGGAUCGACUGCGAAAUGACGGGUCUCGACCCCGACCACGACACCAUUCUCCAAAUUUGCUGCAUCAUCACCGAUGCCCAGCUCAAUGUCCUUGAACCCGAGGGAUUCGACGCCGUCAUCCACCACUCCGACUCCGUCCUGGACCACAUGUCGGCCUGCGCCGCCGAAGCCGCCGACUCGCUGCUGGCGUACAUCCGUCGCCACGUCCCCACCCCGCGGACCGCUCUGCUGGCCGGCAACAGUGUCCACGCCGACAAGGCCUUUUUGGCCCGGGGACCCUAUGCGCGGGUCUUGGAGCAUUUGCACUACCGUCUGUUGGACGUGAGCAGUCUCAAGGAGGCGGCUCGACGAUGGGGUAGUGAGGAGUUACUGGCCCAAGUGCCCGUGAAGCGGGAGGUUCAUCUGGCUCGCGACGACAUCUUGGAGAGUAUCGCGGAGAUGCGAUUCUAUCGAGAGAAAUUGUUCGCACCGGGAAGGGAGUAG